AUGGGCGACUCGGGGGCGAAGCUUGUCCGUGGCGUGUGCGACGACUGCGUGCGCGGCGCGUUGGUCGAUUGCGGCGUGAGCCGCUGCCUCCCCGCUCCUGUGGCAGCAGCCGACGUGCUCGGAGACGGCACUGUUUCUGCCGCAGGAGCGGCGAAGGCUCUGCGGGGGAUUCUGUCCCUUGCAGGCGUAGGCGGCCAGGCGCGGCAACAGCAGCGGCGCCAGCCGCACGCAACAGGCGACAGCGUCAUUCUUGAGCGACGCAUUCCACCCACAGCGCUACUGGUGGAGGUCAUGGUGGCUCUCACUCCAAACGAGGACCGGGACGCACACGGGCGGUAUCGGCAUUUGUGUGCGAUGGAUCCACGAACACUUGUCAAUGACCGUGUAUUGCUGGUGCAGCAGUACCACAGCGCACGGCAUGACUUUGGCCGCGCGAACAGCAUGGUCGCAGUGGUGUGGAACGACAUGUUGCGCUCAGGCGUCCCCGCGCUAUCACGCCCCACUGCUACUACGCUGCACAGGGAAAUGGAACUGCUGCCAACAACAGCGUUGUUCGAGGAUUCCGCACCACUAAAGCAGCAGUACACGCACGCACCACGCACUCUGGCGGAGUUGAGAAAUCGGCUUGAGCAGCCGGACGAGAAUACUGCUGCUGCUACUACUACUACUACUAGUGCUACUACUUCGGGUGGUCGUGCACACUUCGGGUAUGAAGCAUAUGUGUCACGUUGCCUUGCUGCACACAUUGCUGACACUCACGCUCUGCGGCGGAUGCGGUGGGCCCUUGUUGGUGGUGCACUUCUUGCUGUUGAUGAGGAAAAGCUGAGAGGCACGCAGCGGCUGUGGUCACGGCUGCUGCUCCGCAAUGCCUUUAUCAUCGCUCAGCAUGCGGCCACACCACAGGAGCGCGCCCGCGACACGCAAGCAACGGUGCGGCUUUUCCUGCUCGCUGCUCUCUUUGCCACCCCCGCGGCUGACGCGCCCGCUGCGCAACAAAUGCCGUGGCGGGCCGCCAGAGUUCGAAACCUCCCGCAGUUCCUUGCCGCGCAGGUACGCCUCGCGGAAGCGCUUGAGUCGCGACCCGGCGACUGUGUCUCUGCGCAAGAUGCUCGCAAGCGUCAAGAGUUUCUCACCCACUUCAAGGCUGCAGCAGGGCUACACAACAGCGACGCAAACAACUCAGCUGCAUGGUGCCUUGUCGAGCCGUUACUUGAGCUGCCGGAGAUAGCGGCACUGUGGCUGCAGGAAACUUUUUUUGCCCCACCACACGACCUCCUCGCGUGGAUCACCGCCCGGAUUGACAGAAAUGACACGGGCGCCGCUGUGUCCCUCGCCACGUGGCUGACGUUUCUGGAGCGCACAGGCUACGACGAUACCGCCUUCCUUUGCGUGGUUCUCACGGAAACCACCAAGCACUGCGCACCACAGCAGCUGCAACAGCUCAGAGAGUGGGUGCACGCACCGAGUACGCCACCAACCCUUCAAAUACCCCGUCGCUGA